AAAGCUGUCCCCGCUGUCUGACAGACAGGAAGUGGUGCAGUGGAUCUCGGUCCUCUCUCUGCCAGACAGACGGACAACAUGGCGGAGUACAGCCAGGCGGGCCUCCUGGCAGCUCUGCUCCUCUUCACGGCUCUCACGGUUCGGGACGUUUAUCUCGGCAGAUCGAGCCCGCAGCAGCCGGCCGACAGCCUGCCAGACACGGAGCCCGGAAAAGCCGCCAAGUCGUCCCUUUAUUCCGGGCCCAUGCUCAAGUUCCAGUACUGUAUCUCCUGAGGUUACAGUAAAGUGUUCCAGGAGUACUCUCGAGCCAUCAGCCAGCUGUACCCGGAUAUCCGCAUCGAGGGAGAAAACUACCCACCCACCCCCUUCAACAGGUGUGUAGGUAACGUGGUCUCGUACCUGAAGCUUGUCUCCAUCUUGCUGCUCGUCAGCGGUCAGAACCCGUUCAUCCUGCUCGGCCUCGACACUCCCAGGUUCUGGAUCUGGAGUCAGGACAACAAGAUCUUCUCCUGUCUGAUGGCCUUCUUCCUCUGCAACAUGAUGGAGACACACUUCCUUUCUACAGGAGCCUUCGAGGUCACUCUGAACGAUGUCCCCGUUUGGUCUAAGCUACAGUCGGGUUACGUCCCAAACAUCCAGGAGAUCUUCCAGAUCCUCGACAACCACCUGAAGAUGAACCAGGUGGAUCCACUGAGAUUCUCCUCCACGUAGAGCUGCACACACAGGUGUCCCGGCUCGGUGGUGCUUUCAGCCGCUGGCGUUCAUGAAGGUUCGGCCUUAAAGCAGAUUCUGCGAGGCCCGACCGGAUGUCCCCCGCCACGAAAACGAGCGUUCUCUCUGUGCCGGGUCACAACUCAGCACUACUCUACCCACAAUGCACCUGUCGGCUGUCACAGACUGACGACUCUACUGGACUCGACUGGUUUCUGUUGGGAUUUAUUUAUUUAGUUUGAGGUUCAGUUCUUUCAGAAUAAAAGUAUGAUACUACUGUUAGCUCCAUGCUAAUUACUCUCCUUCUGGACAGGAAGUGCCAGGCAGGAAACAGAAAUAAACAGAAAUCAUCAUCUUCGCUGUAAAAUGUGUGAAACAAGAAUAAAACUCUUUAAAUGUGUAAA